UAUCAUCCAGCUGUUGGAUUGCUCAGGAUGCAAGUGAAAAAGCAGAGCUCCGAGGACCCACAGCGGGAUGAUAUGAAGAAAAAGCCCUCAUGUUUCUCAAAUAUUAAGAUAUUUUUAGUGGCGGAAUGUGCUCUGAUGUUGGCACAGGGCACAGUGGGCGCAUACUUGGUGAGCGUGCUGACCACACUGGAGCGGCGCUUCAAUCUUCAGAGCGCUGAUGUGGGUGUCAUCGCCAGCAGCUUUGAGAUCGGCAACCUGGCCCUCAUUCUCUUUGUUAGUUAUUUUGGUGCUAAAGCCCACCGCCCUCGGUUAAUUGGCUGUGGAGGCAUUGUCAUGGCUUUGGGAGCACUGCUGUCCGCAUUACCAGAAUUCCUCGCCAGUCAGUACAAGAUCACAGACUCGUGGAGCAAGGAUCUGGGGCGAGACGUGUGCUCCAACACCUCUAAAGCUGAUGAACCGUGUGGGAGUAGAGCCAACACCAACAUGAUGUACCUGCUUCUGAUUGGAGCCCAGAUGCUGCUGGGUAUCGGUGCCACACCUGUUCAGCCCCUGGGUGUGUCCUACAUAGACGAUCAUGUGCGGAAGAAGGACUCCUCUCUCUAUAUAGGUAUACUCUUUUCCACACUGGUGUUUGGGCCUGCUUGUGGUUUCAUCCUGGGAUCUGUCUGUACCAACUUUUAUGUGGAUGCUUUGUUCAUCGACACAACUAAGCUGGACCUCACUCCUGAUGACCCCCGCUGGAUCGGUGCAUGGUGGGGUGGCUUUCUCCUCUGCGGUGUCUUACUCUUCUUCUCAGCCCUCUUCAUGUUCGGUUUCCCCCAGUCUCUGCCCGGCAAGGAGGUGGAGGGAGGUCUUGAGAGCGAACAGGCCAUGCUGCCCUCGUCUUUACCCCAAGAUCAUGAGAAAUCCAAACCCAGCAAUGGAGUCCUGCAGAACUACCAGCCCAACGACAACAGCCUGUCCUGCUGCCAGCAGCUCCGAGUUAUUCCCAAGGUGACCAAGCACCUGCUGUCAAACCCAGUGUUCACGUGUAUUAUCUUAGCUGCCUGUAUGGAGAUUGCUGUUGUGGCUGGCUUUGCUGCCUUCCUGGGCAAAUAUCUGGAGCAGCAGUUCAACCUCACCACCACCUCUGCUAACCAGCUGUUGGGGAUGACGGCCAUCCCGUGUGCCUGUCUGGGCAUUUUCUUGGGAGGUUUGCUGGUGAAGAAGCUGAACCUGUCUGCUCUGGGAGCGAUUCGAAUGGCCAUGCUGGUCAAUCUGAUCUCCACGGCCUGUUACGUGUCCUUCCUCUUCCUGGGCUGUGACACAGGACCUGUCGCUGGGGUGACCGUCGCCUAUGGCAACGAGACACUGCAAGUAGGCCAGAGACCGGAAGCCCCCUGCAUGAGUCAUUGUAACUGCUACACUUCAUCCGUUAGCCCCGUUUGUGGCUCCAAUGGUGUGACCUACUUGUCCUCCUGUUUCGCUGGCUGCACCAGAGCCAUCAGCACCAGACUUCCACCUCCUCUCUCUCAGAACGUGACGGUAUGCGCGUGUAUCUCUGCGUACAAUGACUUUGCCACGGCUGUGCCAGGCAAAUGCCCACGUCCCGGCUGCCAGGAGGCCUUCCUCACCUUCCUGUGUGUGAUCUGUGCCUGCAGUAUGAUCGGAGCCAUGGCCCAGACGCCCUCCGUCAUCAUCCUCAUCAGAACUGUGAGCCCCGAGCUGAAGUCUUACGCUCUUGGAGUUCUUUUUCUGUUACUGCGACUGUUAGGGUUCAUUCCUCCUCCUUUGAUAUUUGGCACGGGGAUCGAUUCCACAUGCCUUUUCUGGAGCACCGAGUGCGGGGACAAAGGCGCCUGUCUGCUGUACGACAACGUGAGCUACCGGCACCUGUACGUCAGCAUGGCCAUCGUCCUCAAGGUCAUGGCGUUCCUCCUCUACACAAGCACCUGGCAAUGCUUGCGCAGAAACUACAAGAAAUACAUUAAAAACCAUGAAGGAUACGUUACGCCCACGGAAAUGUUCUCGUCCACCGUUAAUCUGGACAGUCUCGGAAAGGACAGCAGUCAGAGCCAAGUCAACAGGACUAAAUUUAUCUAUAACCUGGAGGAUCAUGAGUGGUGUGAAAACAUGGAGUCCGUUUUAUAGUGGUUUCAUGCUAAUUCAAGCAUCGUUCUACUGAAGGAUCAUCUUUUGAGUUUAUCUCUUAUUCCAGGACUGUUGUUGUGCUUUAUUGUAAUCUCCUUCAAACUCUUCUACUGGGUCCAUCUGGUUUUUAGAAGUACUUUCAAAGGUGUUUCUCCAGUGCCAGUAAAAUGUUGUAGUAGUUAGCUGAAGGCGUCUACUUCAAUGCCUGCCUGACUGUGUAGCUGGUUUGCUAACUUCACACAGCUGUGCAUUAGCUGAAGUCAUACACAAAAUGUUUUUCGAGUAAAAAACUAUAUAUACAACUAAGAUAAGCAAGUUUAACCCGUCAUCUAUCAUCUGGCUGGUUGAUGCUGGUUAUGUUCCCAUCCCAGUCCGUUAUUAUUAUGGGGAUCAUUUAGUACAUCACAUUGUUUAUUAAUUCUAAUAUAUAAUUCUAUUGUAUACUACAU